AUGUUAACCUCGCCGCCCCGGCUGGACCCAAACGAGACCAACUGGAUCGUUCAUGUCAACGAGAACCUCAAGUGCAUGCCCGCCGACGAGCAACAGUGCUGGAAGUAUCCGUCCAUCUACAAGGUCCCCCCCUUCAUCACCGACCUCAACCCCAAGGCCUACCAGCCGCAGGUUGUCUCUUUCGGUCCCUACCACUAUGACGACAACCACCUCCGUCCAAUGGAGGAACACAAGCACCGCGCGCUCCUCCACUUCCUGAAGCGGUCCGGGAAGUCCCUCGAGUGCGUCUUCAAGUCCCUGAAGGAGGUGGCACGUGAGCUCAAGGACAGCUAUGACAAGCUGGACUUGAAGUGGAAGGAUGGCACAGGGGGCGAAUUCCUGGAGCUGAUGAUCAUGGACGGCUGCUUCAUGCUCGAGAUCAUGAGGAUCGCGACACUGCCGAAAAGUAAGGCGGAGAAUUAUGGCUAUGCGCCCAAUGACCCCAUCUUCAGUUUUGACAGGCUGGAAUGCAUAGUCCCGUAUAUAAGACGGGACAUGCUGCUGCUGGAGAAUCAGCUGCCGAUGCUAGUGCUGUAUCAGCUGGAUGCCAUCGCGAACGAUGGCAAGGAGGAUGACGUCAACAAGCUCAUCCUAAAGUUCCACUUCCCCCUUGAACGAAAAACGUCCACGGGGUUGGACAGUUGCCUGCAUGUCUUGGACGUCUACAGGAAAGGCCUGCUGAAGGUGAUGGAACCCAAGAAGGUCCAGCACAAAGGGAAAAAUGAGGAGACCGAGACGAUAAUCCGGUCAGCCACUGAGCUCAACGAAGCUGGGAUCAAGUUCAACACGAGCAAGACCGACAGCCUCAAUGGCAUCUCCAACAGCCUCAAUGACAUCUCCUUUGAUAGAGGGGUCCUGAAGCUCCCACUUUUCACGGUGGAUGACACCACCGAGUUCAUGUUUCUCAACGUCAUGGCGUUCGAGCGCUUGCACAUCAAGCCAUUCAACAGCGAGGAUGGGAACGAGGUCACAUCCUACGUCAUCUUCAUGGACAAAAUCAUCAACAAUGAGCAGGAUGUCGCCCUGCUCCACACCCAAGGCAUCAUUCAGAAUAAUUUCGGAAGCGACAAGGCGGUCGCCGAUUUAUUCAACUCUCUGUGCAUAGACGUGGCGGUCCCAUCCAACAAAAACCUCAAUUACGUGCAACAGAAGAUCAGCAAGCACUGCAAGAAGCGCUGGAACGAGUGGAGGGCUAAUCUCAAUCGCACCUACUUCAAGAAUCCUUGGACUAUAUUGUCUCUCAUUGCUGCCUUCUUCCUCUUCGCGCUCACCAUAAUUCAGACCGUAUACACCCUGCUCAGCUACUAUUGA